AUGAACACUAGUGUGAGAGAAGACCUGCGGUUCUCUUCACUUGAUCGAGCUCUCGAUCUAUUGCCGAUUCUCCUACGCCCUUCCAGACCGUCGAUAAUUCAUAGCAAUAUGUUCUCAUACCAGAUCAAUAGCAGCGAGUAUUUGGCUCUUCGACUCUAUGUUGGCGUCGUGUUUCUGUUUUGUAUUGGCAUACUGGGAAGCUUCUUCGUCAAAGCUUUGUACAAUGUCUUUAUGCACCCCUUGAGAAAAUUUCCCGGCCCUCUCUUGGCGAGAUCUUCUCGUCUCUAUUAUUCUUAUCAUCGAAGCACCGGGAACCUCGAAUUAAUCACCAAAGAGCUCCACGAAAAAUACGGCGAUGUUGUUCGACUUGCCCCCGACGAAUGUGAGUCGUUUUUCAAGAUGUUCGAGCCACCAUCCAUUGACCAUCAGGUAGUAAGUUUCAUCAACGGCACAUCGUGGGAUGACAUCUACGGAUUCAAGUCCAAGAAGCGUCCUGGGGCCCGAUUAGAUAAAGAGCCGUUCUUCUACAUGGGAGCCAUCGCUCCGAACGGAGAGAAAAACCUAGGGGCCUCUUCGAACGCAGACCAUUCCCGUAUCCGUGGAGUUUUGUCGCAUGCUUUCUCGGAAAAGGCUUUAUAUGCCCAGGAGACCGUGCUAAUGCACCACAUCCAUCAUAUGGUGCGAAGAAUCCGCCAGCUUCGUGGAACACCCACUGAUGCUGUGCGCUGGCUUCACCACUGCACCUACGACAUCAUCUCUGAUCUUGCCCUCGGCGUCAGCUCGGGGGCACUUGAUUGCGACGACUGGAGCCCACAAGCCCAUCUGAUAUUUGAAGGUAUCAAAGAGGGCAUUGCGGUCGUAGAGAUGCUGCGCUUCAUGCCGUACAGGUUUCACAUGAUGCGUCUGUUGAUGUGGGCAUUUGGGCGUUCACGACGUCUGGCGUUUGAAGCGGCCGUCGACAAGGCACGGGUGCGCAUGGCGACUGGGAACUACGAAAGGCCUGAUUUUAUGUCGUACAUCUUGGAAGCCAACGACACUGCAAAGGCACUGACGCCGGCCGAGAUCACCGCGAACGUGGCCCUUCUCCUCGAUGUCGGAUCAGAGACGACGGCGUCGCUUCUUGCCGGAUGUCUGUUCUACCUGUCCAAGAACCCAGACCUCUUGCGGAGGCUCACAACGACCAUUCGGGAAGAAUUCGCCUCAGCAAACGAGAUGGAUAGCAAAAGGCUAGGCAGGCUGCCGUUUCUCCAAGCUGUGCUCAAAGAGUCCCUUCGGAUAUACCCGCCCGUAGCAGGGGCCACGCCUCGUGUCACACCACCCUCUGGGUGUAUGGGUGAGCGUCAAGCCAUUCGACUGAGCGCAACUCAAAUCGCUGAUAUUAUUUUAGUCAAUGGGCAUUUCGUUCCUGGAAACACGAUUGUUGCUAUCAACCAGUAUGCUACAAACACGGCCGACGUGAACUUCAAAGACGCUCUUGAGUUCGCACCUGAGCGAUGGUUAGACGAAGAAGGGUUCGAAGUUGACAACCAGGCUGCAUUUCAACCUUUCUCUCAUGGUGCAAGGAAUUGUUUGGGUCGAAACCUGGCUUGGGCUGAGAUGCGGCUUAUUUUGGGACACUUGCUAUGGAACUUUGAUUUGGAAUUACACCCAUCUUCCCAGCAGUGGAGCCAGCAGAAAACUUGGUUCAUUUGGGACAAGCCAGACUUGAUGAUGGUCUUCAAGGAGCGCGCGGACAAAUGA